GGUACUCCGGACAUCGAUCAAUACUAUGCCGCGUCUUCUUCAAACAACAACGACAGCAAGGGAAUAAAUUUUCAUGCCAGGAGUAGUGCUAGUGUUGCGAGAAGUGGUCUGUACAUUAAGGCUUGCGAGAAGUGGCCAUCUCCCCUAGCAUCUUGCUCUCGUUUUGAAGGGAAAACGAGCAGAUGCUCACCGAAUCGGUGGAUUCCUGCAAGUUCUAAGUACAACCACCACCCUCUUUCUUUCCAGGGUUCUUCAAGUCUGCAGGA